CGACCAUUGGUAUCAGCUGGUGGUUUCGUCAGAUGGUAUCGUGAAUCCUAUAAUAUCACAUCGAUCAUCGCGCAGAAGAAAAAGAUUCAAGAUGAGCGGAGGAAUGCCAGAGUUGGGCUCGAAGAUUAGUUUAAUAUCGAAAGCGGAUAUUCGUUACGAGGGCCGGCUGUUUACUGUUGAUCCUCAAGAAUGCACGAUUGCUUUAGCUAAUGUACGUUCGUUCGGAACUGAAGAUCGAGAGACCCAACUACCAGUGGCACCACAGAAUCAAGUAUAUGAGUAUAUUUUAUUCCGUGGUUCAGAUAUAAAAGAUAUUCGAGUGGUUAACAAUGUCAGCUCUAUUCCAAAUGAUCCAGCCAUUGUGCAGAUGACGGUGCAACCGUCUAUGAGCCAGCAGUCGUACCAGCCACAACCUAGUUAUGCUCAUCCAAUGAUGGGUCAGAUGGGUCCUGUGGGUGGUCAAUAUGGGACACCCUAUGGCAUGACAAUGGGUACUAUGGGGCCAGUAAUGGGAAUGCCAACUGCUGCAAGGGAUCCUCGUGGACCAAUAAAUAAACAGCCAAGUGAGUUGAGCUUGGGCUCUGCCGAACCCAAUGCCAUCUCUAUCCCAAACUCACUACCAACGGCCAAUGUCAACCCAUUACCAAAAGACCAAUCUCUGGAAGAUGGUGUAUUAGAUCUUAUUAGCGGUGGUUCACGAUCUACAACUCCAACUUCAUCCUUAUUGACACGAAAAAGUCCAACCAUGGAUCAGGGUAUUCAGGUAGGCCAUCAGCAGCAGCAACAACAAGGCGGUAAUAUUGGCAAACUCAAUGACAAGACAAACAUGAGAAACAUUCAAUCUACCCGACGUGAUCACGACAGUCACAGCGGUAACAAGCCCGGAGGUAUUGUGCACCAGUAUAACGAAGGAAAGCGUGAUCCGAUGAAGCAAGAUGGUCAAAUGCAAGGUCAAGGUAACCAUGCGCAAGGUAACCGAGGGAAUCGUGGUGGAUGGAUAAAUCGUGGAAAUAUGCGAGGAAGAGGAAGAGGUCGCGGUGGUUUUAGAAAUCAACCUGGUAAUACUGGCGCCAAACCGAAGAAUACAUUGAAAUUUGAUAACGACUACGAUUUUGAGCAAGCUAACACCGAGUUUGAGGAAUUGAGAUCGCAGUUGGCGAAGACAAAGAUUGAUUCUGGUGCUGAUAACGAGAAGAAGGAUGACAGCGGUAACGAGACUGGAGCAGGCGAAGGGGAACCUGAGGAGGAGCCGGAAAUUGUUCAUUACGAUAAGUCGAAAUCAUUCUUUGAUAACAUCAGCUGCGAAGCUGUCGAGAGAAGUAAAGGUCGUUUCCAACGUACGGACUGGAGGACAGAGCGCAAAUUGAACUCUGAAACGUUUGGUGUGUCGUCAACGAGGCGUGGUGGUUUUCGCGGACGCGGUUAUUAUAACCGUGGAAUGGGGGGCAUGUAUCGAGGCGGUGGUGGUACCGGUUUCCGCGGUGGUUACAGAGGUUCCAAAGGUGGGAAUCGUAAACCCGUGAACCAACAACAACCGGAUAAUCCUGGCAGUCAAAAUCAAUGCACGACCAACGAACAAUCCACUACUCAAUCGCAGCAGAAUAGUCGCGUUGUAUCAUUUUGAACGAGCAACGUGCUACUAUAAAUAUAUAUAUAAGUAUUUACUUUAGAUUAAGAUUUUUACGAUACGUGCUCUGCCCUUACGGACUGAUUCGAAUUCGAGUUUGAAAAGGAUUCAAUGAUUUCAAGGAAAUAAAAUGAAAGAACAAACAAGAAAGAUAAAGAGUUCUUUGAGAGAACUUUUAUCUCUAAGAGUCUUUUUGUAUUGCCAUGCAGGAAUAUCGGUAGGGUAUUAAUCGAUGCUUUGCAAGAUCUGCGUUUAGAGUUUCUCGACAAAACAAAUAUGAAUCUUAUUGUUGUAAGUAGUUAAUUUUCAAAAACUCGAUAUUCAGAGCCGUCGUGUCCUACGAGUUAAGAGAAAAAAAAAAUCGUCGAAUGCUUAUGAAUGUAACAAGUACAAUACGCGCCGGACGGUAGAAUGUUUGUAAAACAUACGUGAUGUAACCGUUGUAAACACUUGAAAUUAUACUCGUACGAACGUUUAGUAACUCGACAAGCAUGCAACUACGACUAAGAAGAGAACAAUAAGAAUCUCAAGGGAAAUUUUUGUAAUACGACAGGCGAGAACGCGGUAUCUAUAAAGAUCUCGAGGAGGAUGGUAAUAAAAAUGACCAAUUAAUUUUUUUGUGUUGCAUGUAUUGUGUAUUCAGUUGAAAC